AUGUACGAAUUGUGUAUGUCAUAAUGUGUAUACUUACGCCUUUUCUCUACCAUACGAAGGUGUACUAGUCAGACCUCUAAGGCUUCACACAAGAAGUACAACUUCAAGAGCUUUGAUUCAACUUUUCAAUAAGUUACUCCCUUUUUUCCAAUUUUUACUUAAGGGGUUUCAACUUUCAAUAAAUAUGAGAAAAUCUUUUCAUAAUGACAGAAGAAAAACACAUUAAGCUCUUCUUCUUCUUCCUCUCUUUUUUCUCCAUAUUCACUCUUUAUACUUCUUGAUAUGGAUAUCAACCACAUUAACCUCACUACCUCCACUUGGGAACCAACCAUGUCCAAUAUGGAAAACCAUGUCUUCCACGACCAACAACAACAACGACCAUGCUUGUCCAGUAUACCAAACGACCAUGUAUUCCACGACCAUCAUCAACAACAACAACAACAACAAUUUCAUUUCGAACAAAACCCUAUUUGGCCUAGUUUUCCUCUUCAAAACCCUCAUCAUCACCAACUUCCCUCUUCCUCAAACCAAUUGCAACAACAACAACAGCAACAACAAGUCCCUUUUGAUCAUGUUCAAACACUAAUAGAGGAUCCUAAUGAUCACGAACCUCAUGAAGACGAAGAUGAAGACGAAGAAGAAGAGGAGCUAGGAGCUAUGAAGGAAAUGAUGUUCAAGAUUGCAGCUAUGCAGCCAGUUGAUAUUGAUCCAGCCACCAUUCGGAAACCUAAAAGGCGAAACGUCCGAAUUAGCAACGAUCCACAAAGCGUUGCAGCCAGGCUACGCCGAGAGAGAAUAAGUGAAAAAAUUAGGAUCUUGCAAAGAUUAGUCCCUGGUGGAACCAAAAUGGACACUGCUUCCAUGCUAGACGAAGCGAUUCGCUAUGUUAAGUUUCUAAAAAGGCAAAUUCGUCUAUUACAAUCUUCUAAUCAUCAUCUCCCACCAGCACAGGUACUAGUACCUCCAUGCCCUAAUAAUGAAAAUUGGGCAAAUAUUGUCACAACAACAAAAGCUCUAAUUCUUGGCUCCUCUAGCACUACCACUACCGUGGCCAAUAAUGCUACAACUUUUGUUGGUAACACUUCAUCGGAUCCUACUUAUGAGGUAAUUGGUAAUUAGCUAGGGAAAAUUAUUGGUAAUUCAUGUGAUUAUUAUGAUCAUUAUUGUGUACUAAUUGGAAUUGUUAAGAAUAAAAAUAUUAAUAUAUAGAGGAAUUAAUUAUUUGUGUAUAUAGUGGUCAUGUGAAUUGUGAACUAAAAGAAAUAGGUUUGUUAGGAUUGUGUUGACUUACAGGGCA